GAUGGAUGCCCACAUCUCGCAGCUUUUGCAGCAUCUCGUGAAUAUCAGAUAAAAAUAUGUUCUAAAAACAUUUUGCCAAUGUUAGCAUUAAGUUAUGAAAACAUUAUUUCUGAAUGUCGUGUUCAAAACAUCCAGUUUUUUCUUGGUUCACGAGUUCACACUUACCAAUAAUCAUUUUGGACCGAUCCAAGAGUACUGCCCCUGUAUUCCUGCUGUGAUAGGAACCAGCCAAGAGUGAGGUGGAGGGAUGCCAAAAACCAUCGAGGAACAUACAGUUCAAGAAGAAGCUUAAACAGUCUCUGCUGCUGGUGCUGGAGACAGCGUUUGCUGAAGAUCAUCUGGACUUUUUUAAUCACAAAGUAAACAAGAAGAAGCGAACUCUUCCUUGACCAGCUGCUGAGAAAUAAAAAACUUGCUGUUAUUCCUCUGCAUUCAAUUAAUAUUUCAGACCGCAGAAAUAUAACUUUUCUUAGAAUAUUGCAUGGUCGAUGAUUUCUGAAAAUUGAUUUCUGUAGAAGAAUUUCUCUUCCUACACCAUCCCACCAUCACGUUUUAAGAGAAGGGGGACGUAUCAUCAGUUGUUGAUUUUCAACUGUAGACAGAACUUGCAAAGAGGUUUUUAAUGGGACUGAAGCCAUACAGAAAAUGGCAAGCACUACUAUUGGAUUUCAAAAUCUGACCAGAUUCACUACGAACAAUACUACAGUGCAGAAACAGAUUAUCUCAGGCUUUAAUAUCUUCAUUGUGUGCAUGUUCUUUGCCAUCCCUGCUGUAAGUCUCAUUGGAAAUGGGCUUGUCAUAUUUGUGACUGGUUACAAAAUGAAGACGACAGUCAACUCCAUUUGGUUCCUCAACUUGGCGAUUGCAGACUUCACCUCCUCCUUAGCUGUACUCAUGAACACCGUUUUAGUCAAAGGCAGUAUUUGGGACUUUGACAAACUACAAUGCACAUUUCUUUGUUUCGUAAUUUACAUAAACUCAUUUACUAGCAUUUUGCUGCUGAUGACUAUUAGUCUGGACCGAUGUCUGUGCACAUGGAUGGUUGUGUGGUCUCGUAAUAAUCGAACCGUAUUCAAAGCCAGAAUCAUCUGCAUGAUUGUGUGGGUUUUAUCCAUCAGCGGCUGCAUCCCAGUAUUCAUCAAUUACUCAACAGCGAAGAGUGAAGGAAUCUAUGGCUAUCCUAUUCAAUACUACAAGUUUCUGGUCACAUACAGGUUUAUAGUGAGCUUUGUCAUUCCCUUCCUGAUCAUUGCAUCUUCAUAUAUAGCUAUCAGUGUGCGAGUCAAACGUCUCAAAAUGGAGAAUCAGCUCAGGUCUUACCGGGUCAUUAUAGCUGUGGUCCUGGCCUUUUUCAUAUGCUGGCUUCCUUUUCAUGUCAACAAAUUGUAUUACUUAAGUGCAAAAGAGAAUCAGUUGAGUGGGUCUGCUAAAAAGAUUUUUUAUAAAACAGAAGUUGUAGUUACCUGCCUGCCUUUUCUAAACAGCUGUCUGAACCCCAUUCUCUAUGUGUUCAUGUGUGAGGAGUUUAAGAAGAAGCUUAAACAGUCUCUGCUGCUGGUGCUGGAGACGGUGUUUGCUGAGGAUCAUUUGGAUUAGGGCUGUAGCUAACAAUUAUUUUGGUAAUUGAGAAAUCGUUCGAUUAUUCUAACGAUUCCUCAAGUAAUCGCGCCAGAUCUAUACGAUCUAUUCUCCUGACCGCAGCAUAAACAAACAUGGCGCAUGCAUAGCUCAACCACUAAUGCGAUCAUUAUAAAGGUGCUUGCACAACAAAGCACAUUCACUUACACAUUUGGCUUAAAAAAAAAAAAAAAAAAAAAAUAUAUAUAUAUAUAUAUAUAUAUAUAUAUAUAAAACCUACACGUAUGUAAAUAAUUACAGCACAUAUUAAACCUGCAGGCUGCAGCACAUAUCAUGCAGCCUUAGAAAAUGGUCGCCACUUCUGGUAUUUUACCAGUUACUCGACACUGGCAAAUUGAAAUCGAGGAUUUUUUUAAAAUCAAGUAGUCAAAUUUAAUCAAAGAAUCGUUACAGCCCUAAUUUGGAUUACCGAGUUUAAAAGCAAACAAAAUAUACCACCAUCUCUAUGCCUGCCAACUGCCAGCCAUAAAGACAAACAAAGCACUCAUAAUUUAUGGUCAUACAGAUUAAGACGUCAUUCGAAACUGUAAAGGGUGUGUUUUAAUUUGCAUACACUCACAAUAAAAGCAAAACAUUGUGAUUUUGUAAAAAAAAAAAAAAAAA